UAUACUACAUAGGCAUAUGACUGAGUGUAGAUCCUUACUUGUAAAGCUUUAUAUGUGUCUGUUUAAUCAAUUUAUAAAUUCGCUCUUGCUUGUCAGGGGAGUCUUGUGCUGAAAUGGGAAGAAUGUAAAAUAAAUCAGAAAUGAAGAGUUAUUCACAUGUUUCUCAAUCUGACCCUUGGAAAUAGGACCUUAGGGUGGUAGUUCCCCUACCCUGUUUCCACGAGUAAAGAUGGCGCAGGCACUGUCAGAAGAGGAGUUCCACCGAAUGCAGGCCCAGCUCCUGGAGCUGAGGACGCAGAACUACCAGCUCUCAGAUGACCUGCGCAAGAACACCACAGAGCUAAAUGCUAUCCGUCAGAAGACCUCCACCCUGGAGAAGGACUACAUCAAAGCCCAGAAGGCUCUUAGCAAGAGUAAGAAGGCUCAGGAAGUGGACGCCCUGCUCAGUGAGAAUGAGAUGCUCCAGGGCAAACUGCACAGUCAGGAGGACGACUUCAGACUGCAGAACAGCACCCUCAUGCAGGAGCUGUCCAAGCUGUGCUCUCAGAUAGAACAGCUGGAGCAGGAGAACACCGGACUGAAAGAGGGGCGGGAGGUGCAGCCCCCUCCCCCUAGCCCCGCCUCCGGUCCCGUAGAUGGGGAGCUGCUCCGCCUCCAGGCAGAAAACUCCGCCCUACAGAAAAAGAUGUCCGUCCUGCAGGAACGCUAUGAGAGGGAAGCACAGGGCCACAGGGGGGCAGAGUCCAACGACCUGCAGGCCACAGAGACUGACGGACAGACAGACUCCAACGGCGUCCAGGUGCACCCUGAGGCUGGCCCGAAGGGGGAGGAGUCUGCUGAGGGCGGAGCUGAUAGGCUGGAACAGAUGGAGACGAAGUGCGUGAAACUGGAGCAGCGGGUAAAGAAGCUGAGCGAAGUGGAGCUGCAGCUGCACACGGAGGUGGAAGAAAAGAGAUUACUAAAGGGGCAGCUGCAGGCACUGGAGUCAUCCAAGCAAACAGACGUGACAAGACUCCAGGAGGAGCUAGCUAAGCUCUCUGACAAGCUGAAGAAAAAACAGGAAAGUUUCCUGCGCUUGCAGGGCGAGAAGGAGGCCCUCUACAAUGACAGCCGGACCAAGAUUGAGGAGAUUCAGCAGAGAAAGGAGGAGGAGCUGAAGUCCAUGAAUAUUCGCAUCCACAAACUGCAGGCGGACCUGAUGACAGCCAAUCAGAGCACAGCUGAACUGAAGGAGCAGAUGCUGUCCAAAGAGAAGGAGCACGAGCUGUCUCUACACGCCCUCAGAGACCAGGUAGCGUGUCAGAGUGCGGUGAGUCAGGAGCAGGUGGAGAACAUCCUGAGUGAGAACGAUGCUCUCAGGACUAACCUAGCGGCACUAGAACAGAUCCAGACGGUGAAGACCCAGGAGAUGAACCUGCUGCGGGACCAGACCAUGGCACAGAGCCUGGAGCUCCAGCAGAGGCAGGUCGAGCAGGAGAAGCUGCUGGCGCAAAGAGACGACCUGAGCUCCCAGCUGCAGGAGCUGAACCGGGCGAACAGCCGCGUCCUGGAGCAGCUGACUGAACUGGGGCAGGAGAGAGACACGCUUCAGCAGGCUCUGGAGGAGAGCAGGAAGACGGCGGACAAGCGCAAGGCCAUGCUGGACGAGCUGGCCAUCGAGGUGGCGCAGGAGAAGUCGCGGCACAAGGAGGAGCUGAGCGACGUGCGCCUCCAGCACGAGAAGGAGGUGCUGGGGGUGCGGGCGCGCUACGAGAAGGAGCUCCGCGGCCUCCACGAGGACAAGAACCGCACGGAGGAGGAGAUCCGCUCCCAGCUCCGGGACGAGAAGGCCCGCUCGCGGGAGCUGGAGAGCCUGCAGCAGACGGUGGAGGACCUGCAGGCUCAAAUCCAGUCCAUGGAGGGCACCAAGGGUUGGUUCGAGCGCAGGCUAAAAGAAGCAGAGGAGACGGUGGAGAAGAACUCGGUGGAACAUCGUGAACAGCUACAGAAGCUGCAGCUGGACCAGGCUGCACAGCUGCAGGGAAAAAUGGGGGAGAUAGAGGCGGUGAAGGAACAGCUAGCGGUCGUGGAGAAAGAGAAGGAUGAACAGAGCUCAGCCAUUGAAAAACUGAAGCAGGAGAUUAAGGACACGGUGGAUGGACAGAGGAUCCUGGAGAAGAAGGGGAGUUCAGCGCUGAAGGAUUUAAAGAGACAGCUGCACCUGGAGAGGAAGAGGGCUGACAAACUGCAGGAGAGGCUACAGGAGAUCCUGACCAACACCAAGACCAGAACAGGUCUGGAGGAGCUGGUGCUGUCGGAGAUCAGCUCCCCGAGCCGGACGCAGCAGACGGGGGACAGCAGCAGCGUGUCCUCCUUCAGCUACCGAGAGAUCAUGAAGGAGGGCGCCUCGGCCCAGAGCGCCAACAAGUCGAACACGGGCAGCCCCCAGUCCCAGCGGCCUGCAGACCUGUCGGAUGAUGAGGUGGGGGAGCUGUUUCUGCGCCUGGCCGAGGUUCAGCAGGAGAAGUGGAUGCUGGAGGAGAAGGUGAAGCACUUGGAGGUGAGCUGCUCCUCCAUGGCCGAUGACAUCUGUAAGAAGAGCGCCAUCAUCGAGACGUAUGUCAUGGACAGCAGGAGAGAUGUGUCCGGGGCCGCGGCCAUGUCCCACGGGGCCCUGGCGGACCGCGGGGGCCUGGGCUCGGUGCUCAGGGACCUGGUGAAGCCCGGGGACGAGAACCUGCGCGAGAUGAACAAGAAGCUCCAGAACAUGCUGGAAGAACAGCUCACCAAGAACAUGCACUUACAGAAGGACCUUGAAGUUCUGUCUCAGGAGAUCGUCCGCUUGAGCAAAGACGCAUGCCCGAGUCCUGGAGGAGAACCAUCCGCUACUGGCUAGGCCCGGAAGAAGCCCCGCCUCCCGCCCUCCCUCCAUCUCAUUCUGUUUCCGCAGACGCCACUCCACCACGCUAACGGGACGGGACUGAACCUCUGGCAGACACACGCGGUGUGAACGGGAGGGAGGGGGGGGGGUCGGGCGGUCGGCACUACCGGAAAUGCAUUUACUACUGAAUGUAUUGGGUGUGACGCGUUGUUCUUUUUGAGAAGCGGAAAAGGAGGAGAGAAGAAGAGCAAACUGGGCCUGCCUGUGGUCAGAAGACUGAAUUCACUUCCCUCCAGCUGGGGACCCAGCCUGUGGUCAGGACAGUGAGCGUGUGAGGUCCCUCCCUUUCAGAACGGUCAGUCAUUCAGGCCCAGAGACGGCUUCUCCAGCUCAUGGUCCCGCAGGAAGCUGGCCCGCUCUGUCCACUGACUCUACGUUUGCACCACUCAACUCGUGUUGUUCGCUGCUUUGACUCGCUGUAAAUUUCUACCACACAACAGAGUUAUUUAUGGUUUAUAAUUUCAGAGAAAUUCAUUAACAUGUUCGGCAGAACUUGGUCAGUGCUUCCGCGUUACGUUAUCCAGGAAGCCGUAAAAUCGAUCCCGCUUCAAUCGCAAUGUAAGCAAUGAUACGUUUUGGCAUAAAUGUUAGCAUUCGUCAUUAUACGCUAAUUGUUGAAGAUUAUUCCUUUCAACAGUGAGCUUGCUUGUAAUAUCAGGAUAUCGAUGUGAUUUUAUCUUCUCUUGUCACAUCUAUAGAUUCUUUUGUUAUGAAAUUCAAGUCCUUUCUUCCUCACAAUUUUUUAAAAUGGCUGCUCUAUUAACAAGACUGCAGAGAUACAGAUGACCUCCGUGUCAGUACUUUGUAUGAGCUUUUGUGUACAUCUGUAUACCAGAACAUUUUUUUUUAUUUGUAAUGUUUUUUUUUUGUUUUUUUUUUAUUCAAUUUUGUUUCCUGGAAGCCUUAUCACUCCCACCAACUGCCACCUGUUUAAACGCCCCCCUCUGCAGGUCUCAUGUAAACAGUUCCACGGCCUCUCUGCAUAUUCCAUUGCUUGUAAUGAUACUGCCCAGGUUUGGAGUAGGACCAUCUCUUUGACCCUUCCGGGACCCUCCCAUAUAGGAGUGUCGGUAUGAAGGUCCCGGAAGGGUGAAAAGGUUAUGGAUCUGUCGGUGUUUGCCUCAGUCUGUCUUACACGUGUAAGAGCUUCACCAUCAUAUUAACAUGACCUGCCUUGAUGUGUAACAGUGAUGCCCCUUGAUCAUGAAGUUCAGCCUCCCCUUCUUUGGCCUUUUGUAGAUAAACUGUACAUAUGAAUGUGACAAAAGAAAGAAUGACCUGAAUUGAAAAAAUGAGGGAGAACAGAUGUUGGUCUGAAUCAAAAUGAAACGUAUCUUGACUUCAUCCCCUUAAUUAUAACCAAAACAUUGGGUCUAUUUAAUCUUUUAGAUAGAAAUAAAUUGGAUUUUAAUGUUCUCAAUUUUUAUUUAUUUGAUGUAAAACAACAUCCAAAUUGUUAUGUGUCAAUAAAUAACUUGUAUUAAUUAACAUAAGGUAGGCGAUCCUGAAUUGGCCAUAUUUGACCACUUGUAUUUUAAUUGAUUGGGUCUCGAUCUCAGAUAGAAAUGCAAAAAUUAGUCAUCAGAAUGAAAUGGUAUUAGCAGUUGAUCUCAUGUAGAAGCACCCUGAACGCAACAAGGUCUGAUCCCAUUAUCCAAGUUCUCCUAUUUUUAACCUUAAUAUGGAGAUGAUGUGUGCUUUACCCCCCCACCCCCCCCCCCCCCCACACACACACACACACACACACACACACAUCCCAUAAACGUUUGUGCUAAUUUAUAUUUUCCUGUGAAUAUUGAUUUGUUUAAAAACAAUAUGAAGAUUAUAUCAUGCCCGCCAGGGCUGGAACAGGACAUCUAGGUCCACGUUAGUACUACAUGGUUUUUGUUUGUGAUUAAUAUACUUUGCACUUUUACAAAACAUGGAGGAUCAGCUGUUCUACAUUGACGCGCAUCUGUGUGUAAUGCUGGCUAUGUCCUACUUUAUUUUCCUAAUGUUGAUGACGAGUCAACAAGUGAGAUUAACUCUGUGGAACUGCCGUUUGCUGCUUUCCGUGGCGGACAUCUUGGCUCCUGAACGGUUCCUCUCCCGGUUUAACAGCCUUCUUUUUCUUCUGCUCUGCCUUUAUGUUCCCCUCGCAAGUGAUCAUCUCCAUAUGAUUGCAAUGUCAAUAAAGAACUGGCUGAAAACUGUA